UGGCUUUGUUCUCUCUCAUAGAUUCUCUGUUUCUGUAAACUAACAAUGGCGGCGCUGCUUGGUCACAUUCUGAAGACCCAAAAGAAUUCCUCGCUUCUUCGCAACAUCACUUCCUCUUCGUUGCAUCAAACACCUUUCAUUCUCCCACCUUUAUCUCAAGCAAGGCGGAUAGGAAAUGUAGCAGAAAGUGUUUGUGGAUUUGAUGAGAUGGUGAGAGACAAGGAAAGGAGAUAUUACAUGCUUGGUGGGAAAGGUGGUGUUGGGAAAACAAGCUGUGCUGCUUCUCUUGCUAUCAAAUUUGCAAAUCAUGGACACCCCACUAUGGUGGUUUCAACUGAUCCUGCUCAUUCAUUAAGUGAUUCUUUUGCUCAGGAUUUGACAGGGGGAAAACUUGUUCCGGUUGAAGGAGUGAAUUCUCCAUUAUAUGCUCUUGAGAUAAACCCUGAUAAAUCAAUGGAAGAAUUCCGGACAGCAGGUCAAAAGCUUGGAGGUGGGGGUGCUAAGAGUUUGAUGCAAAGCAUGGGACUUGGAGUGGUUGCUGACCAGUUAGGGGACCUUAAUCUUGAAGAGCUGUUGCACACUCCUCCACCUGGAACAGAUGAAAUCAUUGCAAUUGCUAAGGUGAUGCAAUUUCUUGAGUCUGAAGAAUAUAGUAUGUUCAGUCGGAUAGUUUUUGAUACAGCACCAACGGGUCAUACACUUCGGCUACUAUCAUUGCCUGACUUCUUGGAUGGAUCUAUAGGCAAACUUAUGAAGAUGAAGAUGAAAUUAGGUUCAGUUUUCAAAUCCUUGUUGGGAAAAGAACAGCCUCAAAACAAUCCUUUAGACAAACUUGAAAAGCUCAAGGAGAGAGUGGCAAAAAUACGGGAUCUUUUCCAUAAUUCAGACACUACCGAAUUCAUAAUAGUGACGAUUCCUACGGUUAUGGCAAUUAGUGAAUCAUCAAGGUUACAUGCAUCCUUAAAGAACGAAAGUGUACCUGUUAAAAGACUAAUCGUUAAUCAGGUCUUACCUCCUACGACGGGCUGCAAGUUUUGUUCGAUGAAACUAAAGGAUCAAAUGCGCGCAAUUGAAACUAUCCACAAUGAUUCAGAACUUGGUGGAUUGAGAUUAUGUCAGGCACCCUUGGUGGAUAUGGAAAUAAGGGGUGUUCCAGCUCUCACAUUCAUGGGAGAUAAGCUUUGGAGAUAAAACUUACAUCGUAGAUAAUUCACGAAUUUCAGGAACGUGGAUCACAUUAUAGAGAUGCUGUUAAAUUUUUUUAGGAAGUUUAGAGACUACUCUAGCAUUCUUUCAAGCAGUGAAAUGGGGUACUAACAGUUUGUUACAUUAUCUAUUUUAAGUUUUAGAUGUUAGUCUCUCUUUUCUUGUUUAUUGAAUGGUACUAUCUGAUAAGGCAACAAAUGUAUGUUACAACUAGCAAUUCAUGCAUAUCUUUAUUGAAAGAAUAGAAUAAUUUAUAGAUA